AUGUCCAAUUGCUCGGAGACUUUUUAUCUUCUCGGAUAUCCUUCAUCGAUUGCAGUUAUAAUUGCGAAUGCUACAGUAAUCCUAAUAUCCACAAUUGUUUGUUAUUUCGCGUUGCACAAAUUAAUAACCGCUUCAAUAUUUCAAUUUUCAACUCGAGUAUUCUUAUCAGUCAGUUUGGUAUUUCUCAUAUUCCACAUCUUAUCGUAUCUUGCCGUAAGACUUCAAACUUUAUACAUGCAAUAUUAUGAGAUUUGUGAUGUUGAUGCUAUAAAUUGUCUUCCAAUUGCAAUUGGAAUUUACGCCGGAGCUGCUGGUUUGGCUUAUGUUCAAGUUGCAAUGUCAUUAGAUCGUCUACUCGGCGCAUUCUUGAAAACAUCUUACAUUCGCUUCGAAAGAAUUACAACAAUUGUUUUUAUACUUCUGAUGUUAUUCUGCACAUUUUUAACAUAUCAAUAUCAAAUGGAAGGUAAUAUGCUUGAUUUCCGUGUUACGACAUGUCAAAACUGGGGUGGUGGUACGAACGUAAAUUCUUAUGCGGUAGUAACAGAUUUGAUUUUAUAUCUCUCGGUUUUUGAUUUUGCGGCAGAUUUCGUAAUUCUUUUAAUGAACGUGAGAAAUGAGCGGAAGAUUCGUGACAUUUAUGAUGUUGCAAAACGUUUCGAAGCUCGAAUGUCAUUAAAGAGUACACAAGCUGUGCUGACAAUUUCAAUGGUCCAAUUUUUCGCGCAAGCCACAUACUCUCUCAUUUUUAUAAUUGCAUCAAGAUUCUUUAUUCCCAUUAUGAGCAAACAUGAUAUACAACUUUUCUUAAUUUAUAUUUAUGUGAGUAGUAAUACUUCAUGUUAUUUAUUGAAUUGUUUUCAUUUCAGCCAGUCUCCUAUACCGCAACAUUUCACGGAUUAGUUAUUCUUUAUGCGAUUCGUCGAAUGCGAAUUCAGCGAGCAGUUGAAAUCAAGAAAAUGACAGAUCAUAAGAAUAAUUUAGAAAAUCAUCUAGAACAUAUGCGAGCUUCCUGGCGAUAA